UGCAGAUAGUAAUUGAGAACGAAACUAUAAUUUGUAAAAUGGUUUAUUUUUUGAGCUAGAAUUCAAAUUGGAGCGAGCCUGCUUGCGAAAUCUUUGGGAAGCAGAAGCCUCACCUUGACCUUGCUUGCCUCCGGCCCUCCACUGCGGCCAACUCUGAACUCGACGCUGCAACAACAUUUCUAGAGAGAGAGAGAGAGAAUGGCGAGGAGGCGACUGCUGUUGCUGUUAAAGCCCUUCGACGUGUUCCCCGCCCAAAACCAUCCCAACGUUCUUCCCCGCAUCACAAGCCCCAAGACUUCGCAGGUGUUAUCUUAUCUGGACAACAGGCGCAAGGUUCACAAGGAUGCCAUAAACUUUUGUCAGGAUAUUUUGCGGCAAAAGUAUGUUGAUUGGGAAGCCAUGUUUCGUAGCAAUCUGUCACAGCCAAUUCGUGAUGUGGAUCUGGUUAUAACGGUGGGUGGUGAUGGAACACUUCUGCAAGCAAGCCAUUUUAUGGAUGAUUCUGUUCCAGUACUUGGUGUGAAUUCAGACCCCACUCAAGCUGAAGAGGUGGAAAAAUUCAGCGAAGAGUUCGAUGCUACAAGAAGCACCGGCUAUCUCUGUGCCGCAACUGUCAGAAAUUUUGAACAAAUGCUAGACAACAUCCUUGAGGGUCACUCAGUUCCUUCUGAAUUGUCAAGGAUGUCAAUUUGUGUGAACUCAAAGCUGCUGUCAACUUACGCUCUUAAUGAUGUUUUGAUUGCACACCCGUGCCCUGCAACAGUUUCUCGUUUCUCAUUCAGAAUGAGGAAAGGUAUCCAGCCUUGUUCCCCUUUAGUGAACUGUCGGUCAAGUGGUCUUAGGGUCUCAACUGCUGCCGGAUCAACUGCUGCAAUCUUAUCGGCCGGUGGAUUUGCAAUGCCAAUUUUGUCUAAGGAUCUCCAAUAUAUGGUAAGGGAGCCCAUUCUACCUGGAGAAGCGAGCUCUCGCCUUAUGCAUGGAGUAGUAAAAUCUGAUGAGUCCAUGGACGACGUUUGGUAUUGUAAAGAGGGGAUGAUAUAUGUUGAUGGUUCUCAUGUUUUCUGUCCUAUCCAGCAUGGGGAUACUAUUGAACUCUCUUCCAGUGCCCCAGUUUUGAAAGUAUUCUUGUCUAACCACUUGUUAACGUAGAUACACGUGUAGCAAUAGCCAUACUCUGAAUAAAAGGAAUUUUUGUAACUUGAGUAAUUGGAAAUGUGAGAAAGAGCACUUUUGUAUUUAA